AUUUCAAAACCCUCCCCAGAAACCCAAUUAAGAAACAGGAACAAAACUUGCAGGCACGAACAAUGCCUCCUCGCGCUUCCAAAAGAAAAGCGAAUCCGACCAAAUCUGCCCCUGUCAAGUCUCUCAAAGUCGAUUCUGUUCGCUCCGCCUCGAGCAAAGGCAAAGUGGUAUCGAAAGUAACGCAGUCCAUAGACAACCUUUUCAGUUUAUAUGCCAACCAGUCGCUUGGUUCAAUUGAUCCAGAUGGUGUUGAGGCAUUGUGCUCUGAUCUCGGGGUAGAUCAUACUGAUGUCAGGAUUUUGAUGCUUGCUUGGAAAAUGAAGGCAAAAAAACAGGGAUAUUUCUCUCAGGAUGAGUGGCACUUAGGUUUGAAAGGUCUUCAAGCUGAUUCCAUUACUAAAUUAAAGAAAGCUCUACCCAAAUUGGAAGCCGAGGUCAUGAUGCCUGCAAAUUUUGAGGAUUUUUACACUUUUGCAUUUCGCUACUGCCUAACAGAAGACAAACAAAAAUGCUUAGAUAUCGACAGCAUAUGUAUAUUGAUAGAUCUUAUUCUUGGAUCACAGUUCCGGGCUCAAGUUGACUCAUUCACUGAAUAUCUUAAGAGUCAAACUGAUUAUAAGGUACUCAAUAUGGAUCAAUGGACGAAUUUUCUCCGGUUUUGCCAAGAGAUAAGCUUCCCGGACCUCAAAGACUAUGAUACGGACCAAGCAUGGCCAGUUGUUCUUGACAAUUUUGUUGACUGGGUGAAGGAAAAGCGAAGCUAACUGCAGGUUGUAACCACCCUCCUCGUAGCACCAAGUUUUACGAGUUCGCCAUUAAAGUGUCAAAAAGGAUUUUGUGCUUGCAGGGAUUUCGCGAACUUCUUCUUGGAACUGAAGUACCCUACCCUGCUUUGUGCGUUAUGGUUCUAGUGAGAAUACAAUUUUACAUUGUUUUGACAGAAUGGCGUUACACUUUGUUAUAGCUAAUUACUCGCAUAAUAACUAUUUUGAGACUGA